GGGUUUCUCCCUCGGACGUCCCAUCAGCCAAUCAGCGCUCAGCUCCGCAGCAGCGCUCUGGAGAUCAUCGUAAACUCUAUUCAUCAGCGCAUCUACGCUACGCUCUCGCUGACGCGCCCAGCCGCACAGUCCUCGCCUAAGAAAAUGACUUUGAAGGCUGAAUUUGAGCAAUAUGCAGAGAACGUAAAGAAAGUGAAGACCAGACCUACAGACCAAGAGCUGCUGGAUUUGUACGGCCUCUACAAGCAAGCCAUCGUUGGGGACAUUAAUACUGACAAACCUGGAACAAUGGAUUUGAAAGGGAAAGCCAAAUGGGAGGCAUGGAAUUCAAGGAAAGGUAUGUCAAAUGAAGACGCCAUGAAUGCCUACAUUUCCCUGGCCAAGGAAGCCAUUGAAAAGUAUGGAAUGUGAUUGGGGAAAACAUUGACUUUAAGUAGAUAUUAAAGUUUCACUAUGAUUAAAACAUUAAUCACUAAUCACUUGGUUUCAUAGAGACACCACUGAACUCUGUCUCAUUACAAGUCAGGUGAGAACUAAAGAUGUAAGAAUAUAAUCUUGUAAUUAAAUAAAGCUGUCAAAUAUGAUAAA